CAUAACAAAGCAACGGAAGGUAAAGACACGCGAGACGGCAACACUCGGCUUAUGGCAGCCCGUUCAGUAAAUUUCAAAACAUAACGUUUACAAAUGACAGGAAUAGAACGUCGGGCUACGCCUCUGUACGUGUGAUAAAGAAAAAUUCCGAAGAGAAACGGAGAGAGACUGCCACCGGGAAUGUCAGAGAGUCGGCCAUGUUUGACUAAAAGGACAGCUGAGCGACUCAAGUGAGAAAAGAAAAAAAGGAAAAAAAAGGAAAAAAAUAUUGAGUAAAAGGAAAAAGGAAAAAAAAAAAUUGUGACGUUUUUUGAAGCGAAAUUUGAAGGUGAAUGAAGUGACCAGAGGGCAGCGAAUUGACGGAGGGAAAUGAAGGAAGAGAGAGCAAGAAAGAGUGAGAGAAAGACAAUAGAAAGAGUGUGAGAAAAUCGAUAGAGAAGUGGCGAGCAUUUUGGCAAAAGUUUUCGUGAGGUGAGGAUCAAACACCAUUGCUGACACACGUGCGUUUGGAGCAAAGGCAAAGGAAAAGAAAAAGAAAAACUGAAACAAAAACAAACAAACAAAAAUCUUCGAAUACAACCGGAAGUUAACAUCUAAAGGGAGAGAGAAAGAGAGAGAGAACCAGAUAAAAAAGAAGAAAUAAAAACGUGAUAGGAAAGUCAAACAACCCAAGAUCAGAAGAAAGAAAGAAAGAAAAGGAAUAAAAGAAAGAAAAAAAGAAAAAAAACGUUUUGAUCUUCGAAAGAUCAGUCAGCUGUUAAUCCUCUGUGAUUCUUAGGCUCAACGUUUUUAACCUCUGUGGGGUUGCUUGUCUCAAUGCGUCUCAACGUUAUUGUUGAAUAGGCGUUCGUCCUCCUGUGGUUGGCGACGGCUUAGGCUUCAUAGGAAGAAAUCUCAUUGUUGUAAUUUUUAUUAUUUACUCAUUUCGCUCGCAAUCGGCUUUUGUCAAGGUUGUGUUUGUUUAGAUAUAUAUACACAUAUAUUCUAUGAAGACUUUUCUUUUUUACAUCAGGAAAAGAUAGAAAAAAGGGAUUUUAAGAUAUUGCUAAACGUGUGUGUUGUCCUUUUAAAAAAUCAUUGUCAAUAAGUGGGUUUAAUUCUUGCCUGUGAUAUUGCCACCAAAUCAUUGUCGGUUCCAUUGCUGUGUGUAAAACUGGUGUUCAUCGUUGUGGACUGUUUAAAAAAAAAGGUAAAAAAAAAGCUAAUGUUAUUACUGUAGGCUUCUAGAGCUCCACUGAAUACAACUUGAUUCGUUUUAUACAUCUAUAUCUGUAUAGAAAGGGCGACGCGACUAUACAGUGCAAUUGAGAUUUCUGCAUUAACAUUCUGAUCGUGUUUAAAUAGAGCAUUUGAACUCACCUCUUACAGUCAGCUCUUCCGUUUCAACCGAAAAAAAGGGAAGAAAACACACUGAGAAAAUAAUAAAACCGAAAUAGGAAGGAAAAUAAGCGAAGCCGUUAGAAAAAAGGGAAAAAAAGAAGUCUCGUGCUUUCCACAAAAUACCGUAGAGAACGAAAAUCUUCUUCUUCAUAUAUAUUUUUUCGAGGGAGAUCGAGACACGCGCGGAUAUCCCGAAGAAAAGGUCCAGGCUGCCGGAAGAGACGACCUUCAUGAGGAGGAAUCAAGAGGAGGAUCAGCGACGGCGGCGGCGGAGGCAACAAGGGAUCCAGGCCUACGGAAGUGGCGCGGACGAAGGUGACAUCUAGCGGCGGGAUUAGGAACUGCUGUGGUCGUGUGGCGUCGGAGAGAGGGAGCCGAGGAGAGAGUCGGGUCGUCUCGGAUACGCUCUGCCGUCCGCUGGCUGACUGACUGAGUGACUGAGCGAGCACGACCACGUUCACUUGAAGCGCUGUCGGUUUUACAGCAGCGGUCUUCGGUGAAUCAACACAGCGCGUCUUUAGGAGGAGCUUCCCGCUACGGCUGGCUCCUUUUCUCACCUCUUUCUUCUUCAUAAACUAACACCGCCUCCUGUAGUUUUGUGAGUAAAGCGUAAGUAAGGGAACCUACAGCUACUAACGACUAACCAACCACCACUACUAACUGAGCCUCCUAGAGUAAGCCUUGCGAGGAAAAUUUGGACGGGGAACAUAUGCAGGAAGAAUAGAACACAGUCAUCCUGACCAUGACAAGGAGAUAUUGCACAACGUCUGUCUCUUAAGCAGGGGAAGAAAGGGAGUUAGGAAAAAUAAAGUAUUCGGUACGCAGUGUCCCUUUAAGACAACUCGAUAGUAGAAGUCUGAAUAGAAAGAGAGAGAGAGAGAAAGGAAGAGGGAAAGGGAGAAGAUAAGAAUAGAGAUAGAGAAAAGAGAUAAAUUAGGGCGACAGAGUGAGCGGUUAUUCUCGAGGACGGCGUUAGAGCGAAGAUUCCACCUCCUGCUACUGCUGUGUCCUCCCAGCAGCAGCGCCCUUCCCUCGGACGCCUCGCCUCGCCCGACAUGGUGAAGAUGAUGGCACGACGCGGCGGCCUCCGACUGGCCCUGCUCGGCCUGCUGGCGGCCUGCGCCCUCGUCUACGUCUACUACUACUCCUCGGCGCCAGCCAGCCCCCACAUCCUGAAGGACAAGCCCCAGGACGCGUCGAGGGGCGGCGUCGCGGGGGAGAGGCGGGCGGAGCGGCAGAGCGACGGAGGCGCCGGAGGGGAAGGAGGGGGAGGAGGGGGCGACGUGGCGUCAGCGGACGGGGGGCAGGCGACCCCCUCCCACCAGUGCAAGGACAUCCAGGCCCCCAAGACGGACGUCAACACCGUCGACCAGUUCCCUAAGUUCGAGUUCCAGCCCGCCUGGAUGCGUGGGAAAGAGUUUUGGGACACGAACUUCGAAAAGCGAUAUUUGAAGAGAAGGGCCAAGUGGAAGAAGCUGCCUCUCAAGGUACGAAGAAAGAUGUAGUUGUUGUACUGAUGUUGUAUUGUUAC